AAAAUGCCCAGAAAAACCAGCUGUGAGAAUCAAGAUGCUGUGAACAGAGGUGCUUGGUCUGCUGAGGAAGACCAAAUCCUUAUCAACUACGUUCAAGUUCAUGGAGAAGGAAAAUGGAGAGAGCUUUCCAAAAGAGCUGGCUUGAAACGAAGUGGGAAGAGUAGCAGACUCAGAUGGUUGAAUUAUCUAAAGCCAGAUGUCAAGAGAGGAAACAUUUCUUCUGAUGAAGAAGAUCUCAUUAUUCGACUACAUAAUCUCUUAGGCAAUAGGUGGUCUCUCAUUGCGGGGCGAUUACCAGGCCGAACAGACAAUGAAAUCAAGAACUAUUGGAACGCUCGUUUGAGAAAAAAGUUAGAGAAGAAAAAGUGCAACCAUAGCAUAACUCCACACCUUCAUUCUAAUAAAGUCCCAAGCAAAUUAAGAGUUGAACCUGUAGAGUGCACAAAAAAUUCUUCCCAUGGCAUUGCUACUACGAAGUCCUCCAUCCCUACCAAGGUUAUGGUGUCAAAGUAUGCAGCCAAUGAUUCAGUCAACACAAUGAACAGUGUAACGUGUUGGGAUAGCCACAACCCUUCUGCAUGCACCCCAGAAGAUGAUCAUGACAAUUGCUCUUCAGGUUUCCACAAACCAUUUGAAAUUUGUGACCAGCUAAUGAUAUCAUACGAGGAUUCCCAUUAUGGAUAUGCAUGUGUUGAAAUACCCGAGCACUUUGGAGAUGAAGCUACUUGCUGGCUUGAUGAUUCAAUAGACCAAGUGACUCAAAAGUCGACAAAGUCCAAUUCCAUGUCUUGCUUAAAUGAACAAAACCCAUCAACGCUGCAUGGUGGCACAACCAUGUCCACUAGCAACUUCAUUAAAUGA